UCUCUAAAAUUUCUCCGAUUAGUUUUCUGGAUUUCACACGAGAGAAAAUGUGGGAGGGAAAGAGAGAGCACCCGAGGCUGAUUCUCCACGAUUUCAUCUCGCCGGAAGAGUGCAAGGAGCUCGAGUUCAUACACAAGAGCUGCUCUACUGUCGGGUACAGACCAAACGUCUUCUCCACCACUCUCUCUCACCUCGUCGCCACCAAUUCUCCUCACCUCCUCAUCCCUUUCGUCUCCCUUCGAGAGAGGUUGAAAGAGAAGAUUGAGGAAACGUUUGGGUGUGAGUUUGAGCUCUUCAUUGAGUUCACUGGCUUGGUUAGCUGGUGUAGAGGAGCUAGCAUUGGGUGGCACAGUGAUGAUAACAGACAAUAUCUAAAACAAAGAGACUUCUCGGCGGUUUGUUACUUGAAUAGCUACGGUAAAGACUUCAAAGGCGGUCUUUUUCGUUUUCAGAGUGGAGAACCAGCUACCAUAUCUCCCUCCGCUGGAGAUGUUAUCAUGUACACUGCCGAUGACCGGAACAUUCACUCUGUCGAUGAGGUAACAGAAGGGGAAAGAUUGACUCUUGCGAUGUGGUUUACCCGGGAUUCAUCUCACGACGAAGAUUCCAAGCUCGUUUCCCGUCUCCUCUCUCAAUGCGCAUCUCAUGAGUUUCUUCCCCUUCCUUUGCCUGCUUCCGCUAACAUGUACUGGUUCUGUCCUCCUCAUCAGCAUGCCAAUGGGUUUGAUAUCUGCGUUGCGAGGUUGCAUCUUCUUGGUUUCGACGUACAUAGCUUCUUACAAGGCGAUGAUCGUUCUCUAGAUGACUCUGAUCGACUCGUUGGUCCAAUACAAAUAGCUAAAGGAGGAGAGUUUCUCACCCGGGAGUUUACCAACGUUCUUCAUGCGCUUCAGGUUGUUCAGUUCUACCGUUGGAAAGCUUCCGAACUCAAAACCUCCAAGGUUGGAUAUGACGGUGUGGAAGAAGUGGUGGAAGCUAUGUCGCAAUCUCAGUUGGAAACUAUCAAUGCCAUGAAUGCAUUGUUCCUGAAAGAUAAGGGCCUUGUAACCACUACCCUUGGAUAUUUAUGCUCCAAUGGGGAAGAGAAGGAUUCACUUAACUUGACUGGUGUAUCAUCAGCGAUUACCUCUUGGGAAGAGUAUACUUGUAAGCUACUCAGGGAGCUAUUAUCAUCCUUGCCUCAGUGGGAAACGUAUCAGACUAUACACAAAGUCGAAUCCGGUUAGAAAUUUAUCUUUUGAGUUAGCGAUGAAUUGAGUAGUUGAUAGGUCUUGAUCUCUUGUCUGCAAAGCAUAGCUUCUCAAGUUCUCAGUUCCUCUUUGAUUGACCUGCCCUUUUUUGGUUCAAAUUAACAGAUAAUCAUAUUGUAAUCUUUUCCUUCAGGUUUUAUUCAGUGAUUAUUGUAUGAUAUAAAGUUGAAGCAUAGAGGGUAAAAUUUAUAAGUAAGAAGUUUGGUGACGACGAUA